CAAUGGCUUAUGUGCAACGAUGCAUGCGACGCUAUUGACCAGCCAGCCUGCCAGCCCUAAUACCCAUAUCUAUACACACAUGUAUAUAUAUACCGCCGCCCCGCUGGCAUUGGGGGGGAAAAGGCCAAGUCCCCGUCCAUUCCUCUAGCGGGUGGCCCGCCUCCUCGCUCUCACCCCGGUAGCCUGGAAAAGCUAUGCACGCUCCACACCUCCUCGUCGCCCUCGCCGCCUCGGCGGCGUCCCAGCAUGUGCUUUCGGCGUCUACCUCGAACGCAACUGACAGCCCGUCACCAUCGCCGCGUUCGGGCCUGCGCUUCUUGUACCAGAACGACCUCGACUGGCGCCGCGCAAAGGCGGGAAAGAAGCGUGCCUAUGUCCUGCACACGCUGCCAAUGCGCGGGUACGCCGAAGCGACCGCCGCGUGCGCGGCGCUAGGCGAGCAGCUCGCCGACGCUGACACCGCACUCGCUGACCGCCGCGGCCUGCGGCGCCAGCUCGCCUUUCUGCAGCUCGAGGGAAGCCUCCGCAACUCCCAGACAUUCUGGGCCGCCACAGAGGAGACGCUGCAAUGGGACGGCAGCAAGCUCGUGCGCGUCUCGAACGCUGCUGCUACCGGCGCCACCGCCGACGACGUUGAUGCCGGCAGCAGAAGGGCACGGUCCAAGCGUCCCUCCACGCGCGAGGGCAUGCCAUUGCAACCGCUGCCGCUCUGCACGCAGAGCGCGCCGUAUUCGACUAUCAACGCGACCGAUGCGUCCUCGCGCUGGACCGUCGAGGCGCAGAGCGACGCGCUGACCUUUCAGGGCUACCGCGACGCCCUCUCCUUCCGCUUCGGCGCCCUUCCGUACGCCAACGUGCCGCAGCGCUUUGCACACUCUUCCCUCCACUCGCAGUCCAGCGGCACCGUCCACGCAUUCGGCACGGACAACUCGUCGGCGUGCCCGCAGGGGUACGGCUCCUGGAAAGAGGUGUGCAACGUGCAGAACGUCUUCACCACCUACCUGCCCCUGGCGUCGGACCCCGCGCCCACGCUGCGGCCCGUCAUGUUCUGGAUCCACGGCGGCGGCUUCACCUCCGGCUCGGGGCUCGAUCCCAACUUUCUCGGCGGCCAGCUCGCAUCACGGUCCGACGUGGUUGUCGUCACACCCAACUACCGCCUCGGCAUGCUCGGCUGGAUGGCACUCAAUGACGAGUAUGCGGGCAACUAUGGUCUUGGCGACCUCGUCACGGCGCUCCAAUGGGUCCAGAAGCACAUCCGCGCGUUCGGCGGUGACCCGGACAACGUCACCAUCUUUGGCCAGAGCGCCGGAGCGAUCCUCGUCGAGAACCUGCUCGCGAGCCCGCGCGCCGCAGGCCUCUUCCACGCCGCCAUCAUCCAGAGCGGCUGGCCCUUGGACGCGGCCAACGCACGCGCCAACACGUCUGCCGCCGCACCCGCGUACCUCGCCAAGGCUGCGCAGCUCGGCUGCUCGUCCGAUACGGGCGACAUCGACGCAAUCGUCACAUGCCUCCGCGCGCUCCCCGCCGCUAAGUUCAUCCCGUACGCCGGCGGGAACCGGCCGACGCUGGACGGCGAGUACGUCACCAGCCGCCAGCUCGACAUGCGCCCGCCGGCCAAUGCGACGCGCCACGUCAACCGUGUCCCGACGAUCAUGGGCUUCAUGCGCGAUGAGCUCGGCUCCCUCGGCGUUGUCCCGCUACUCGGAAAAAGCCUCUCGCAGUCCCUCGCAGACGCUGGCGUGUCUCCAAAUAACAGGGCCAUCGUCAAGAACCGCAGUGACAUCUUCCCCGUCAUGCCCAACACGAGGUACGGCGUCCAGAACCUCUCGGUGACGGUCGCAACGGACGCAAACAAGCCGUCGAGACGCUGCGGCGCUGAAGCCAGCCUGUACACGUUUGCCAAGAAUGGCGUCUUCCCCGCAGUGUACGGAUACACGUUCGACACGCGCGCCUACCAGAUACCCGAGUACGAUCCGUACGAUUGGUGCAACCCAAAGUCGGACGCAGCGCUGGCAGCCGGCACGUACGGCAUGUGCCACUCGGGCGAUCUCCUGCCCGUUUUCAACACGUACGGCUGGCAUGGAUACGAGUACCGGGACAGCCAUGACCUCGCGUGGUCAGCUGCGAUCGCCGACCAGUGGACCGCCUUUGCACGCUGGCACAUGCCGAGCCCCCAAGAGGACUACAUGGCGACACGCGGAUAUACCCGUCCGAACAAGCGGUGGAAGCUGGUCAAGUCGAGCAAAGGCGAGUACCAGAUCCUCUCCCUCGGACCUAAGCAGUACAUGCGGGACCUCGCCCAGAAAAAGGCGCAGUGCGACGCCUUUGGCCUCGGGCUUAGCUACAUCAUCGACGCUAUGGCCGUGCAGGACACGGGCUGACACGGACGCUGCGGAUAAAUAUA